UUGGGACGCAGAUCUCGCGAGACUACCGUAGCUGACGGCUGCUUGACGCUCAGGAGUCUCGAUGGCUGACGCUGCUGCUAACUGUCUUUUCUUAUCCAACCGUUCACCUGAAAUGGAUGCGGUUGUUCACGUUCGUUAAAAUAUUCGUAUAUUUAUAAUAUUAUCAUUGCCGUAACGGUUGGACGAAGUCCAAAAUGGAGGCGGGGGAAGGUGUGAGCAGUGCCACGCCCACAGAUGAGAUGAAUGGAGCUGGCAACUUGAUGGACUUCCUGGAGGAACCUUUUCCCGACGUGGCGACAUACGAAGACUUUCAUACCAUCGACUGGCUGAGAGAGAAGUCACGAGACACCGACCGCCAUCGCAAGAUCACCAGCAAGAGUAAAGAGUCAAUAUGGGAGCUGAUCAAGAGCCUGCUGGAUGCCUGGUCAGGAUGGGUUGUGAUGCUGCUUAUUGGACUCCUCUCAGGUACGCUGGCUGGAGUCAUUGACCUGGCAGUAGACUGGAUGACAGACCUGAAAGAAGGUGUGUGUCUGUCCGCCUUCUGGUAUAGCCAUGAACAGUGCUGCUGGACAUCCAAUGAGACAACCUUUGACGACCGCGACAAGUGUCCACAGUGGCAGAAGUGGGCAGAGUUGAUGACAGGCCAUUCUGAGGGUGCAGGACCAUAUGUCUUAAACUACUUCCUGUACAUCCUGUGGGCUCUUUUCUUCUCCUUUCUGGCCGUGUCACUAGUGAGAGUGUUUGCGCCGUACGCUUGCGGCUCCGGAAUCCCAGAGAUCAAGACCAUCCUCAGUGGCUUUAUCAUCCGUGGUUAUUUGGGAAAAUGGACACUGCUCAUCAAGACUGUCACGCUGGUGCUGGCUGUGUCAUCGGGCCUCAGCUUGGGGAAGGAAGGUCCUCUGGUCCAUGUUGCAUGCUGCUGUGGGAACCUCUUCUGCAGCCUCUUCUCCAAGUACAGCAAGAACGAGGGAAAGCGACGAGAGGUGUUAUCGGCUGCAGCAGCGGCUGGUGUGUCGGUGGCUUUUGGGGCACCCAUUGGAGGGGUUCUGUUUAGUCUGGAGGAGGUCAGCUACUACUUUCCUCUGAAGACGUUAUGGCGAUCGUUCUUCGCCGCACUGGUCGCUGCUUUCACACUGCGCUCCAUCAACCCAUUUGGCAACAGCCGUCUGGUUCUGUUCUACGUGGAAUACCACACGCCGUGGUACAUGGCUGAGCUGGUGCCCUUCAUCCUUCUGGGCGUCUUUGGUGGCCUUUGGGGGACCCUCUUCAUUCGCGCCAAUAUCGCCUGGUGUCGGCGGAGAAAGACAACUGAGCUGGGAAAAUACCCAGUUCUGGAAGUCAUCGCAGUGACGGCAAUCACCGCCGUGCUGGCAUAUCCUAACCCGUACACACGGCGCAGUACUAGUGAGCUCAUUUCUGAACUCUUUAACGACUGUGGAGCGCUGGAGUCGUCGCAGCUCUGCGACUACAUCAACAACCCCAAUAUGAGCCGACCCGUUGACGACAUCCCGGACCGUCCAGCUGGCCCCGGUGUUUACAAUGCUCUAUGGCAGCUGGCGCUCGCUCUCAUCUUCAAGAUCGUCAUCACCAUCUUCACCUUUGGCAUGAAGAUCCCAUCAGGGCUCUUCAUUCCCAGCAUGGCGGUGGGUGCCAUCGCAGGUCGGAUUGUAGGGAUUGCCGUGGAGCAAAUGGCGUACCACCAUCAUGACUGGAUCAUUUUCAAAAACUGGUGCAGACCCGGCGCCGAUUGCGUCACACCUGGACUCUACGCCAUGGUGGGUGCCGCUGCCUGUCUGGGUGGUGUGACCAGGAUGACUGUCUCUUUAGUGGUCAUUAUGUUUGAGCUCACCGGCGGUCUGGAGUACAUUGUUCCAUUGAUGGCAGCCGCUGUCACCAGCAAGUGGGUGGCUGAUGCCUUUGGGAAAGAAGGCAUUUAUGAGUCGCACAUACAGCUCAACGGGUACCCAUACCUGGAUGUCAGGGAUGAGUUCACCCACCGCACCUUGGCUGCUGACGUGAUGCGGCCUCGAAGGAAUGACCCACCGCUGGCCGUCCUUACGCAGGAUGCCACCACCGUGGAGGAUGUUGAGGCGCUGAUCAAAGACACGGAUUAUAACGGCUUCCCAGUAGUUGUGUCCCGGGAGUCUGAGCGGCUCAUCGGCUUUGUGCAGCGCAGAGACCUCACCCUCGCCAUCAAAAACGCCCGUCAGAAGCAAGAUGGCGUGGUUAGCAGCUCAAUGGUCUACUUCACAGAGGACGCGCCGCAGUUGCCGGCCAGCACCCCGCACCCGCUGAAACUGCGUCGCAUACUGAACCUGAGUCCGUUUACCGUCACAGACCACACACCCAUGGAAACUGUGGUGGACAUAUUCCGCAAGCUGGGCCUCCGCCAGUGUCUGGUCACACGCAGCGGGCGUCUGCUCGGCAUUAUCACCAAGAAGGAUGUUCUCCGUCACAUGGCGCAAAUGAUGAACCAGGAUCCUGAGUCCAUCAUGUUCAAUUAGCUUUGCGACAUGCUGCACCCUGUAAAAUUGUGAUAAUGCCCUCUCACCUCUCGACAGGCAAGUCUUAACUUUGGCGCUGUCAUGUCACUUUUUGUCCACCUGUGUCGCUAAACAGUCCACGUCGAGACUUUGCCCAAAAUACCGUUUUAUUUUCGGAAUAGCAGGCUUUCACCGUGCUUGUAUGUAAGUGAAUGUGUGAAUGUUUGCGGUUGAAUUUGAGAGUAAGUGUGUUUUUGUAUGCAACGAAGGAAUUUCUGACAAAAAAAUAAUGUGAUGAAUGAAGUUUUAAUACUGUAAUACAGGGGUGUCCAUUGUUUUCUACCAGGGCCACUUACCAAAACAAUUUAGGAAUGCAGAGGCCACUGUACAUAGAUUCUAAAAACAAUCCAGUAUAGGUCAAUCAAUACAGUAUAUCUGAACAAAAACAUCAACAUCUUAGCUUUGUGUUAAAUGUGACGGAGCAAAUAGUGAAAUAUCUAAUAGAAUAUCACUAAUAUUGAAUUGAUAUUUUUCAGAAAAUGCCUAGGACAUAUUUAUUAAAAAACAGUCUGUGGGCUGAAGAUUUCCCCUGGGCUGCACUUUGGACACCCUUGCUGUCAAUCUAAUCACUGUGUUACUGCAAUGUAAUCCAAUACACUGAUAAGGGCGACGACACUGAGAAAAUGCACGCUUCCCACUUUCCUAACUUACCUACUGUACGUCCAUAAGUAAACGGUCAGUGUUUGUGUGCCAUGAACUGCCAUGUCCUAGGUUUGUUUAUAUCGUGGUAAAAAAUAACGUGGGUCAAUUGCUCAUUUCUGUCACACUGGACUGAAAAAGUGAGAAGAAAAACUAAAUGUUGAGCUGAAUUUCUUCAAAUGCCAACAGAAUGUAUUGAAAUGUGUAUUCAUGUGAUUUAAUUUAUUUUUCUUUAGUUAGAGAUGCAUUAAUAUUUUUAACUAUCAGAUAUUUGCACUUUGGUCCAGACAUGUAAAUGCAGCGAUGGAAAAUAAAAAUCAUCUAAAGUA